AUGGCGGCUAAGUACGGCCUAAUGCUACAUCAGAUGGACGUCAAGACAGCGUUUCUUAACGGCUCCCUCAACGAAGACAUCUACAUGGACCAGCCGGACGGAUACCUGGAUGCAACACAGCCGGACUAUGUGUGCAAGCUAAAGAGAUCACUCUACGGCUUGAAGCAAUCGCCUCGCAUGUGGAACCAAACAAUCGAUGGGUUCAUGAUCAAGAUGGGAUUCAAGAAGUGCGAAUCGGACCACUGCAUCUACAUCAAGCGAGACGACCAAGACAUGAUUCUCGUGGUGCUCUACGUCGAUGAUCUCAUCCUGGCCAGCAGCAACAACGAACUCCUCAAGUCAACCAAGAUGGCGCUGAGAAAACGCUUCGAAAUGACGGAUCUCGGUGAGCUCGAUUACUUUCUCGGCAUGGAGAUCAAGAACGACCGUAAGACGGGAAUGGUGACUGUACAACAAACCAAGUUUCUCAAGUCCGUGUUAACCAAGUUCGGAAUGGAUAACAGCAAGCCCAACACGAAGACACCAUCUGCUGCAGUGGGAUCAUUAUCCCAGUUCUCGUCCGACCCAUGCCCGACUCACUGGCAAGCUUUGAAGCGUGUGCUGAGAUACCUGCAAGCAACGCCCAAUCAUGGUCUUGAGUUUACACGUGAAGAAGGAAGCCGUAUCUGCGGGUACACCGACGCAGACUGGGCCGGCGACAUUGAGUCAAGACGAAGUACAAGCGGCUAUGUGUUCAUGAUGAGCGGAGGAUGCAUCAGCUGGAAAAGACAGAAACAACGGACGGUCGCGCUAUCUUCAACAAAAGCAGAAUACAUGGCGCUUUCCGAAGCAACCAAAGAAGCAGUAUGGCUCAAAGUGCUUUUGGGGGAACUUGGUGAGAUGACAAGCGACGAAGCGAUCAAGAUGUAUGAAGACAACCAAGGAUCAAUCGCUCUCGCCAAGAACCCGGAGUUCCAUAAGAGAACAAAACACAUCGACAUACGCUACCAUUUUGUGCGUGAGAAGGUGGAAUCAGGUGAAGUCGUUUUGGAGUAUUGCCCGACUCAAGAUAUGCUGGCAGACAUGAUGACCAAGCCGAUCGCCGCUGUACAAUUUGAAAACAUUCGCGAUCGACUUGGGAUCCAAGGUGCCGCAGCUAACGAGUCGAGAGGGAGUGUUGAAAAGACAGCGGCUGUGAAGAAGACACCUCGUCAAGCUGCGUCAAGUGUUGAAGCAAGUGGAAGACCAAGCUUCGCUAUACCGGUGGGUACCGGUAUGUACCAGUAA